GAACCUGAAGAUAUUGUCGCUAAAAUGGCCAAGAAGCACCUCAAACGUCUGUAUGCGCCGUCCGACUGGAUGCUGAGCAAGCUGACGGGCGUGUUCGCACCCCGCCCGCGUCCGGGGCCGCACAAGCUGCGCGAGUGCCUCCCCCUGCUGGUGAUCAUUCGGAACCGCCUGAAGUACGCGCUGAACGCUCGUGAGGGGGAGAUGAUCCUUCGCCAGGGCCUCGUGCACGUCGACAACCACCCUCGCUGCGAUGGCAAGUACCCGGCCGGGUUCAUGGACGUCGUGGAGAUCCCGAAGGCGGGUGACCGCUUCCGUCUGAUGUACGACGUGAAGGGCCGCUUCGUGAUGGUGAACGUGUCGGAGGAGGAGGGCAACCUGAAGCUGCUGAAGGUGGUGAACCUGUACACGGCGACCGGCCGCGUUCCGGUUGCGGUCACGCACGACGGCCACCGCAUCCGCUACCCCGACCCGCACACGUCGAUCGGCGAUACGAUCGUGUACAACACGAAGGAGAAGAAGGCGGUGGACCUGGUGAAGCAAGGGAGCGGCAAGGCGGUGAUGAUCACCGCCGGCGCGAAUCGCGGGCGUGUAGGCGAGAUCGUGAGCAUCGAGCGCCACCCCGGUGCGUUUGAUAUCGCGCGCCUGAAGGACGCCGCGGGCAACGAGUUCGCGACGCGCGCGAGCAACGUGUUCGUGGUGGGCAAGAGCCUGAGCAACAUCCUCGUGACGCUGCCCAAGCAGCAGGGCCUGCGCAUGAACGUGAUCCAGGAGCGCGAGGAGAAGCUCAUCGCGGCGGAGGUGCGCAAGGCCUCCCCACGCCCGGCCCUCCGCAAGGUCCGCAAGUAAACGGGUAGAGGCCUGAGGAAUCUCCUUCUACGUAUAUUUCCGCUUAGUAUGACCAUGAUUCUUUUCGAUUUAUUUUAUUUUAAAUGGUAAAAUCUUUCAUAUAUUUAAAAAAA